GUAACAUGGGUGGGAGUUCCAGUCAAAGGCAUCGAGAACUUUUGUAAUCUCUCUCCCCUACCACACUCUUCUCACAUCGGGAAUGAAGUUGGAGGAUUGAAGUACACUUGCUCAGUGAGGAUGAUUUGGAAAACAGCUUUGCUCUACGCCCAAUUCUGGCUCGCUCUGGCUUUGGUGUCCGGCCAGCUCACCGUAGAAGAGAAGGAGCAGAUCUUGGAUUUGCAUAACCGGUACCGCUCCAUGGUCAGUCCCGAAGCUGCCGAUAUGCUACACAUGACAUGGGAUGAUGGGCUAGAUUCGGUGGCUCAAAGUUAUGCUGAUAAGUGCAUUUGGGAGCACAACAAUGAAGUGAAAUACAAGCUGGGAGAAAACCUCUUCAUCACCGAGGGUACUCUAAGCAUCAACAAAUCCAUGGCUGAGUGGUUUCACGAACGCAAAAAUUACGACUAUGGUACGAACACAUGCAUGUCCGGUAUGUGUGGACAUUACACACAGAUAGUGUGGGCGAAGAGCAGCACCAUCGGCUGCGCCUCACACUUCUGUGAGACGGUUCAGAACAUAAACUUCGAGAGCGCCACAAUUCUGGUCUGCAACUAUCACCCACCAGGGAACGUAAAGGGAGAAAAACCAUAUGAAGUAGGAAUGCCAUGCUCCAAAUGUCCACUGGAGAUGAAUGGAUGCGUAAAAAACACCUGCGCUCAAAUCGAAAGUACAACGGAGGAAACCGGUACGGACACGUGGUCGAGAGACACACCUCAGACGAACCUUGAAGGUUCUUCAGGAUUUACAAAAUUCUCAGUGGAUACACUACUGCUCGCUGGUCUGCUCACUGGUCUGAUGGUUUCUUUUAUAUUCUGAUGAUUGAACACUGAUAAUGCCACCAAUCUUAACAUGUACCCAGGAAAUUUCCAUGAAUCAUGGACGACGUUCCUCGGACGAGUACCUCCUAUUGCCUUGAUUCGUUACCACUAGUCCUUCACAACUGACAGCACAUAUAUCAAAUGUUAGCAGCUGUUUUAGAGCUUCUUCAGAUUAGAUUUAGCACAGUUAGAGUUCGCCACAUUCUUUUAUAUCUAGCUAGCUAUAAACUUUAGCUCCCUGCUGUCGGCCUCAGAGCCACGCAAAGUCCCGUAGAGAGCCUGUAUUGUUUCCCUUACAAAAAAUGCAUCUGGUUAAUAUUAACCAACUAGCUUGCCCUGCAUGCACUGUCUUGUCUUCUGAGUUACACACCUGAUGCAGUCUCAUAGGCAGCAUAGCAAGCUAGCCGGCUAACGCUAGCUCACUUUAUCCAAAGCUCGUGCUAAAGGAAAGAAGUUUUGCUCAUUUGCUUUGCUUAUUUUGCACUCAAUAAAUGAUACAGUUGUGCACGAUAUUCUCAUAAUGUUUCCGUAUGGUUUUACUCUCAUAAUAUUUCUGUAAUAUUUACAGCAGCAGAUAUUUACUUUGUAAACAGAUACUAUCUUUGAAUACUUUGACGGUGUCAGAAAGCCAUACUAUUAGUGUUGUCUUUACUCUCAGUUGUCCAAUCGAGUUACAAAAUGGUUAAAAUCAUGAUCAGCUUUUUGCAAUACCUUUUUUUCCUACCACAGAGGGCAACAUUUUCAACUCCAGCUGCUCGUACUGACUUUAAUGCAUUUCAAACAUCAUACUGGUCCUUCCUAACUGUGAUAUAGCAUUCACAUUAGUGUUUCAUGUACAUUUAAGUUGAAAAAUUACGAUGUUUAGAGAAGAAAAGCUUGUCUUUGUAUAAUUUACUAUAAAAAGGUACUUGGCUCAAGUUGUAAUGACUAAAGUUUAGAUUAUUAUUUGUAGCCUAAGUGUAUGGCAAAAUGUUUGAGUGACACCAUUGUAUGACUCAUUGAACUGAAAAUGAUAACGAAUUUGGUUUUUUAUAUAUACAGUUUGCGCUGUAAGUUCAAGUUCAUCGAUGUGAUGAACGCGUGUUGUUUUACUGCAAUGCACUGAUCUGUGAUGAAACCCAGUCUGGAAAAUGAAAUAAGGUCCUGUAUUCUGGGACAAUAAAUCAAACUGGAAAAGAGUGAAAUAACUGGACAGCAAGCCUGGACAUAUUGUGUGUUAUUAGACAUCAGCGCUUAUUUUAUUAAACUUUUUUUUUCUUUAAAGAAUCGAUUCUUAUCUGUAGAUGCAUAAUUCUUUUUGUGUUUGUUGUUUUAUUUCAUUUCAUGCUAUGACAUUGUAUCAAACUACUAAAAAUUUUAAUUACUUCCCUGAUAAACAGGUUUUUCUAACCCUAAGCCCUUCCCCCGACCCUUCAUUUUAUGCAGUCAGGCAUUUUACUUAAAAAUGAAGACAUCUACAAGGAUGUUCUGUUUGUGUUCUACACUGUAAUAAAUGCUCCAAUAAUAAACAA